CUGCGGCAUGCCCGGGGAAAUGCCACAAAAGUCAUAUUUCUUAUUACUGAUGGAUAUUCCAACGGAGGAGAUCCACGUCCCGUUGCAGCAUCUUUGCGUGAAUUUGGAGUGGAGAUCUUCACCUUUGGGAUAUGGCAGGGGAACAUCCGAGAACUUAAUGACAUGGCUUCCCAUCCAAAAGAAGAUCACUGUUACCUUCUUCACAGUUUUACUGAGUUCGAAGCUCUAGCACGUAGAGCUCUUCAUGAAGACCUGCCCUCUGGCAGUUACAUCCAAGAAGAUAUAUCCUAUUGUUCGUAUCUCUGUGAGGCAAAUGAAAACUGCUGCGAUGUCAUGGCAAGCUGUAAAUGUGGAACUCACACUGGCCAGUUUGAGUGCAUCUGUGAAAAGGGGUACUAUGGGAAAGGACUACAGCACGAAUGCACAGCUUGUCCACCAGGAACAUACAAGCCYGAAGGUUCACCAGGUGGAAUCAGCACUUGUCUCCCAUGUCCCAAUGAAAAUCAUACUUCUCCACCAGGAAGCACCUCCCUUGAGGACUGUACAUGCCAGGAGGGUUUUCGUGCUGUAGGACAAACUUGUGAAGUUGUUCACUGCCCUGAACUGAAGCCCCCUGAAAAUGGUUACUUUAUCCAGAAUGUCUGCAACAACUACUUUAAUGCUGCCUGCGGAGUCCGAUGUAAAGCGGGAUUUGAUCUUGUGGGAAGCAGCAUCCGACUUUGUCAAGCAAGUGGUCAGUGGUCUGGUUCAGAGACCACAUGCAGAGUUCGAACAUGUCCCAAACUUUGGGCUCCUGAGAACGGACACAUUAAUUGUUCAACAUCUGAUAUCUCCUACAAGACAGUGUGUUUUGUGGCCUGCAAUGAGGGCUAUGAACUAGAAGGAAACCCCAAGUUGACCUGCCAGGGAAACUCACAGUGGGAUUCAAAAGAGCCCAAGUGUGUGGAAAUGCRUUGCCCCACCUUUGAGAAGCCUGCGGAUAUAAGAGUGCACCCUCCCAGCUGUGGGCUGGAGCCAGCUGUCCCUGGGACCGUGUGCCAGCUGAGCUGUCCCCGAGGAUUCAUCAUGUCUGGAGCCGGAGAAGAGCUAAGGUGCAUUUCAUUUGGGAGAUGGAGUGCAAACAUCCAGGAGGCUCUAUGUAAAGAUAUCGAAGCUCCUCAGAUCCACUGUCCAGAAAAUAUUGAAACUAAGACUCUGAAACAUCAAGAUUCUGCUAAUAUCAGCUGGCAGAUCCCAACCGCUGAAGAUAACUCUGGAGAUGAGGUGUCAGUUCAUGUUACCCCAGCUUUCAUACCACCGUAUCUUCUCCCGAUCGGCGAAGUCGCUAUUACUUACACAGCAACUGAUAAGUCAGGCAACGAGGCAAGCUGCACAUUCAGUGUCAAGGUUGUUGAUGCAGAACCCCCUGUAAUUGACAGAUGCAGAUCACCACCAUCUGUGCAGACAUUGGAGAACACGUACCCAGCCACAUGGGAAGAGCCUCAGUUUUCUGACAAUUCAGGUGCUGUACUGACUAUUACUAGAAGUCAUGAACCCGGAGAUCUCUUUCCCAAAGGAGAGACAAUAGUUCAAUACAUAGCUGUGGACCCUUCUGGCAAUAAUAGGACAUGUGAGAUCCACAUUGUCAUCAAAGGUUCCCCUUGUGAAAUCUCCUUUGAGCCCAUGAAUGGUGAUUUUUCCUGCACAUCAGAUGAAGUGGGUGUUAACUGCACAUUACGCUGUGCAGAGGGUUAUAGCUUUUCAGAAGGAUCAAGUGAAAACUACUAUUGUGCUUAUGAGGACGGUGUCUGGAAGCCACCUUAUUCUCCAGAGUGGCCUGACUGCUCUUUAAAUCGUUUUGCAAACCAUGGUUUCAAAUCCUUUGAAAUGCUCUACAAAGCAACACGAUGUGAUGACAACAGUCUUCUUAAUAGCUUUGCUGAUGCAUUCCAGAGUGCACUUGGUAAAAUGGUCCCAUCGUUCUGUAAUGAUGUUGAUGAUAUUGACUGCAGAUUGGAAGAGCAGRCACAUAAACAUUGCUUAGAAUAUAAUUACGAUUAUGAAAACGGAUUUGCCAUUGGGCCUGCUGGCUGGGGGGCAGCAAACCAGCUGGAUUAUUCCUAUGGUGAUUUCAUUGAUACGGUGCAGGAAGACCUGUCCAAGCCUCUCUCUGCCCCUGUAAAGGGAUCACCUGCUCGGGUCAAAAGACACAAAAAGCUCAACAUCCCGAUGACUGACCACAAAAUUAAGUUAAUAUUUAACAUCACAGCUAGCGUGCCAUUGCCCGAUGAAAGGAAUGAUACAGUGGAACUGGAAAACCAGAAGAGGCUCCUCAAAACCCUAGAGACCAUCACAAACAGACUGAAUAGGACUCUCAAUAAGGAACCCAUGUAUUCUUUUCAGUUUGCAUCCGAACUCAUUGUAGCUGACAGCAAUUCGCUGGAGACGGAGAAGGCUUUUCUUUUCUGCAGGCCUGGCUCUGUGCUGAAGGGAAGAAUGUGUGUGAACUGUCCAUUGGGUACCUAUUACUCCCUGGAGCAUCGUGCCUGUGAAAGCUGCUGGACUGGAUCCUACCAAGAUGAGGAAGGGCAGCUGGAAUGCAAAAGUUGUCCAUCUGGCACCUAUACAGAGUACCUACACUCCAGAAGCAUCUCUGAAUGCAAAGCUCAGUGCAAGCAGGGAACCUAUUCGGUAAAUGGUCUUGAAACCUGUGAAUCGUGUCCACUUGGCACAUAUCAGCCAGCAUUUGGAUCCAGGAACUGCAUUUCUUGCCCAGAAAAAUUGUCAACAGCAAAAAGAGGCGCUGUGGAUAUCUCAGCCUGUGGAGUACCGUGUCCUGCAGGAGAGUUUUCUCGUACGGGUUUGAUACCUUGCUACCCAUGUCCCAGAGAUUACUAUCAGCCAGACCCAGGAAAGUCCUACUGCUUGUCUUGUCCCUUUUACGGGACAACAACAAUCAUCGGUGCCAGAUCCAUCACAGACUGUUCAAGUUUUGGCUCUACAUUCUCAGCAGCUGAGGAAAGUGUUAUGAUGGUACCUGCCUCUCCAGAGAAUAUUAGCAAGCAGUACAAAGUCAGCAGUCAGGUCUUUCAUGAAUGUUUCCUGGAACCAUGCCACAACAACGGGACAUGCAAACAAUUGGGAAGUGGAUAUAUUUGCCUGUGUCCAUUUGGMUAUACAGGCUUGAAGUGUGAAACUGAAAUUGAUGAGUGUAAGUCAUCUCCUUGUCAGCACAACGGAAUAUGUAAAGAUGACAUUGGGGCCUUUGUUUGCCAUUGCCAGCCUGGAUAUUCAGGUCUCUUGUGUGAAGAAGACGUAAAUGAGUGUAGCUCUAGCCCAUGUUUGAAUGGAGCCCRUUGUGUUGAUGGCAAGAACAGCUACCAAUGCAGUUGUGCAGAUGGGUUCACAGGUUCUCAUUGUGAAGUGGAGGUCAAUGAAUGCCUUUCAAACCCGUGUCUCAAUAGGGCUGUUUGUGAGGAUCACGUUGGUGGCUUCUCCUGCAAGUGCCUUCCUGGUUUUACUGGUAUCUUUUGUGAAAGAAACAUCGAUGAGUGUCUCAGCAGACCCUGUAGAAAUGGGGCUACAUGCAGAGAUGGUAUCAACAGCUUCAGGUGUCUGUGUGUGAGAGGAUACACAGGACAGAGCUGUGAGGUGAACAUCAAUGAGUGUGACUCCAGUCCGUGCUUAAACCAAGCUACUUGUGUGGAUGCCUUGAACUCGUACGUUUGUAAAUGUCCCCCUGGCUUUACAGGCARCAGGUGUGAAACAGAACAGUCCUCUGGUUUCAAUCUUGAUUUUGAAGUCUCUGGUGUCUAUGGGUAUGCUAURCUUGAUGGUAUUUUCCCAUCUCUUGGUGACAUCACCUGUGCUUUCUGGAUGAAAUCCACUGACACUACAAACUAUGGGACUCCCAUUUCUUAUGCAGUGGAAAAUGGAAGUGAUAAUGCGUUUCUGCUGACAGAUUACAAUGGCUGGGUUCUUUAUGUAAACGGAAAAGAGAGGAUCACAGACUGUCCCUCGGUGAAUGAUGGUAACUGGCACCACAUUGCAGUCACGUGGACAUGCACAGAUGGAGCAUGGAGAGUGUACAUUGAUGGAAAGGUGUCUGACGGAGGCAGUGGGCUCUCAGUUGGCUCAAAAAUCCCUGGUGGAGGUGCUCUYGUACUGGGACAAGAACAAGACCAAAAAGGAGAAGGAUUCAACCCAGCUGAAUCUUUUGUGGGCUCCAUCAGUCAACUCAACAUUUGGGACCACGUCCUGUCUCCACAGCAGGUAAAAUCUCUGGCUACAUCCUGUCCAGAAGAACUCCAAAAAGGAAAUGUACUAGCCUGGCCAGAUUUCCUGUCAGGAGUUGUUGGAAGAGUGAAGAUAGAUUACAAGAGUAUUUUUUGUGCUGACUGCCCAGCCUUGCAAGGAUCCAUACCACAUCUGCGGGCCUCUUCAGCUGAUUUAAAGCCAGGGUCAAAAGUGAGCCUUUCUUGUGACCCAGGAUUCCAGAUAGUGGGCAACUCCGUUCAGCACUGCCUUAACCUGGGACAGUGGACCCGGCCUCUUCCCCGCUGCGAAAGGAUCAGCUGUGGAGUGCCUCCUCCUUUGGAAAAUGGAUUUUAUUCAGCCGAGGACUUUUUUGCUGGCAGUACUGUUACCUAUCAAUGCAAUAAUGGCUACUAUUUGCUGGGGGACUCCAGGAUGUUCUGCACAGACAAUGGGAGCUGGAAUGGCAUUUCACCAUCUUGCCUUGAUGUUGAUGAAUGUGCUGUUGGAUCAGAUUGUGAUGAGCACGCAUCCUGUCUUAACACAAAUGGAUCCUAUGUUUGUACUUGCAUUCCCCCAUACUCAGGAGAUGGUAAAAAAUGUGCAGAACCAGUGAAAUGCUAUAAUCCAGGAUACCCAGAGAAUGGUCAUUUUUAUGGGGACACUUACAGUGUUGGCAGUGAAGUAACUUUUUCCUGUGAAGAAGGGUUUCAGCUGACUGGAAUGACUAAACUUACAUGCCUGGAGACUGGGGAGUGGAGCCACCCAAUACCAAAUUGUGAAGCUGUAUCCUGUGGUGGUCCAGUUAUUCCAGAGAACAGUGCCAUUUUGGGUUCAAAUUUUACAUACCGCAAUAAGGUGAUAUACAGAUGCAAUGAUGGAUACAACUUAGUGGGUGCAAAGGAAAUUACAUGCCUUGCUAGUGGUGUUUGGAAUCAUCCUCCCCCCUCCUGUGAGAUAGUAACAUGCCCUAGCCCAGAAGACAUCAGCAAUGGAAAAUACCUGCUCACUGGCACAACCUACCUUUCCCAUGUGUCAUACACCUGUGACAGUGGAUACAGUCUUCAGGGACCUUCUGUACUUGUCUGUGAAUCCUCAGGGAACUGGAACAGCACACCUCCAGCUUGCAGCAUUGUCUCUUGUGGACCUCCUCCUGCCAUCAAAGAUGCAGUCGUGAAUGGAAGUAACUUCACUUUUGGAAACGCAGUCUCUUACACGUGUAAGGAAGGUUACACAUUAGUUGGCCCUGCAACCAUAGAGUGCCUAGCCAGUGGCGAGUGGAGCGUGAGCCACCAGCAGUGCCUGGCAGUGUCCUGUGAUGAACCACCACAUGUGGAAAAUGCAUCUCCAGAGAGUGGCCACCGCCUUUUUGGUGACAUAGCUUACUACUUCUGCUCAGAUGGCUACAGCCUGGCUGAUAACUCCCAGCUUCUUUGCAAUGCCCAAGGGAAGUGGGUUCCUCCGGAGGGCAGGGAGAUGCCCCACUGCAUAGCUGAUUUCUGUGAGAAGCCAUCCACGGUCUCCUACAGCAUCCUGGAGUCUGUUAGUAAAGCCCGUUUUGCAGCCGGCUCCGUCGUGAGCUUCAAGUGCAUGGAAGGCUUUGUUCUGAACACGUCAGCCAAGAUCGAAUGCCUUCGAGGUGGCCAGUGGAAUCCUUCCCCUCUGAGCAUCCAGUGCAUCCCGGUGCGCUGYGGAGAGCCGCCCCACAUGAACAAUGGCUAUGCCAGUGGCACCAACUACAGCUUCGGAGCGGUGGUAGCCUACAGCUGCAACAAGGGCUUCUACAUCAAGGGGGAGAAGAAGAGAACCUGUGAGGCUACUGGCAACUGGAGUGGCAGUUUGCCCACAUGCCACCCAGUGUCCUGUGGAGAACCACCCCAGCUUGAGAAUGGCUUUAUUAAGGAAACAACUGGACGAUUCUUUGAAAACCAGGUGAACUAUCAGUGCGAGUCUGGCUACCAGCUGGUUGGGAGCGCGGUGUUUACUUGCCAAGCCAAUCGACAGUGGUACAGUGAAUCACCUCCUCAGUGUGUCCCCCUCAGCUGUGGAAAACCUCCGCCCAUCCAGCAUGGCUACGCCAAGGGAGAAAGCUUUGAUGUGGGUUCCAGAGUUGAGUUUGUCUGUGAUGAAGGCUAUGAGUUGAUUGGAGAUGUCUCAUGGACAUGUCAGAAGUCUGGGAAAUGGAGCAAAAAGCAAAACCCAAAGUGUGUGCCAACAAAAUGUCCAGAACCACCCUUGGCAGAAAACCAGCUGGUUUUGAAGGAGGUGACCCAACAAGUUGGUGUUGUGCAGUUCUCUUGCAAGGAGGGCUAUGUUUUGCAUGGCUCCUCUGUACUGAAGUGCUUGUCCUCCCAGCAGUGGAAUGAUUCCUUUCCUUCCUGCAAGGUUGUACAGUGUCAGGCACCUCCAUAUAUCCCCUUUGGUGACCCUUUGUCUUCAUCCCUUCAUUUUGGUAGCACGGUGAAGUACAUCUGCGUGGAUGGGUUUUUGCUGAAGGGUGAGUCUACCAUCAGAUGCCAGGCUGAUGGCUUGUGGAGCUUGCCUUUGCCAGAAUGUAUUCCUGUGGAGUGUCCCCAGCCAGAAGAAAUUCCCAAUGGCAUUGUUGACGUGCAGGGCCUCACCUUCCUUAGCACAGCCCUCUAUACCUGUAAGCCGGGGUUUGAGCUGAUGGGCAACACCACUAUCCUCUGUGGAGAAGAUGGCCAGUGGCUAGGAGGAAGGCCAGUUUGCAAACCUAUUGAAUGCCCAAGACCUAAGAAGAUUCUCAAUGGCAAAUACUCAUACACAAACUUCCACUACGGGCAGACUGUCAGGUAUUCCUGUGACAGAGGUUUCCAGCUCCAGGGAGAGGAAGCUCUAAGUUGCCUGGAAACAGGACAGUGGAAUAAAGACGUUCCCUCCUGCAAAGCCAUAAAUUGCAAGCCCCCUCAGCCCAUUGAGAACGGCUUUGUGGAAGGUGCAGAUUACAGCUAUGGGGCCAUGGUUAUUUACAGCUGUGUACCAGGCUUCCAGCUUUCUGGCCUUGCCAUGCAGACCUGUGAGGAGUCAGGCUGGUCGAGCUCCACUCCAACCUGCCUCCCAACAGACUGUGGCCUGCCCCCUCACAUUGACUUCGGGGAGUAUGUGCAGGUGAGACAUGGGGAGAGACACGCUGACCAGGAGAGUGUUACAGCAAGUCCCUCCUUCUCCCACAUGUUGCUCGCUGACAACUUGAAAGACCUCAAAGGUUCUCUGAAGGGGAACAGUGCGAUGCACCUGACCAAUUUCUUGUUUGGAACUACCAUUUUAUACACGUGCUACUCAGGUUAUGAGCUGUUGGGAAAUGCUGUUCUGGCWUGCCAAGAAGAUGGGGCCUGGAAUGGCACUGCCCCUGCCUGUGUGUCCAUAGAGUGCCCCCUGUUGUCACCUCCGGAGAACGGCUUCCUGCACCUCACUGAGAACACGCCUGGGAGCGUGGCGCGGUACUCCUGUAGGCCAGGCUUUGCUCUUAUCGGCCCGGACAAGCGGCUGUGCUUGCCAAACCGGCAGUGGAGUCUCACUGCACCAUCCUGCAGGGCCGUGACCUGCAGCUCCCCCAGCCAGCUCUUGAAUGGAAGCAUAAAAGGAGAAAACUACACUUACGGCAGUGUUGUCUACUAUGAGUGUGAUCCUGGAUACCAGCUAAAUGGCCCCACGCAGAGGACGUGCCAGGAGAACCAGAGAUGGGAUGGCAGUGAGCCGAUCUGCAUUCCAGUUUCCUGCAGCCCACCACCAGUGUUAGAGAAUGGUCAAGUGAGUGGAGAAGAAUACACAUUCCAGAGGCGCACUGAGUACAGCUGCAAGGAAGGAUUCCUGUUGGAUGGGGACAAGAGUAGGGUCUGCCUUGAGAAUGGAAGCUGGAGUGGUAUUGCUCCAGUUUGCAAAGCUGUAAACUGCCCUGUGCCGCUACCUCUCCUUAAUGGGAAAAUCAGUGGCUCAGAUUUUGGCUUUAAUAAGAAAGUGCAGUAUCRCUGCAAUGAAGGAUAUAGCCUGCAAGGAGUCUCUGUACUUACCUGUCAGAAGGACGGCACUUGGGAUUCAGAAGCUCCACACUGCAAUCCAGUCAUUUGUGGACCUCCUGAAGACAUCUCCCAUGGRUUUCUGAAUGGCUCAGGCUUUACCUAUGGGGAAUUUGUCCAUUACGAGUGCUUCCCUGGCUAUGAGCUCCAUGGUAGUCCACUGCGGCAGUGCUUGUCCAAUGGGUCCUGGAGUGGAAGUCUUCCAUCCUGCCGCCCCUGCGAGUGCCCCGUGCCACAGAUUCAGAAUGGGGUUGUUCUUGGUAAAGAUUUCACCUGUGGCCAGAGUGCCCAGUUUCAAUGCCUGGAGGGCUUUAAACUGCUAGGACCUUCUGAAAUCUCCUGUGARGCAGCAGGCAGGUGGAGUUCUGGGUUUCCCCGCUGUGCCCAGAUCUCCUGUGGCUCCCCACCCGUGAUCCCCAACACAUUUAUCAAUGGGAGCAGCUCUGCAGAUGAGAACACCAUCAUCUAUAACUGCGUGACAGGUUUUGUCAUGCGAGGGARUCCAGAGCUGACAUGUGCCGAGACUGGUGUCUGGAAGAAACCCUACCCGAGCUGCGAGCUGCUAAGCUGUGGGCCACCACCUUCUGUCCCAAAUGCAGAGGUUAUUGGGAGUAUGCACACCUACGGGAGCAAGGUCCAGUACAGAUGCCUGGAAGGCUACACCAUGGUGACAGAGGUGGACACGUGCACUUGCCAGGAAGAUGGGCAGUGGUCUCCUCAGAGCAUCUCCUGUUGCCCCAGGAAGUGUCCACUGCCAGCAAAUAUCACCCGUGUGAUCGUACCUGGGGAGAACUUCACAGUGAAUAACAGCAUCACGCUGUCAUGCGUUGAAGGCUACAUUCUGGUGGGAGCAAACACAUCGACGUGCAAGGAAAGUGGUGUUUGGAUGCCCAUGUUUUCUGAUGACAUCUGCAUUCCAGUAUCCUGUGGGACCCCAGAAGCUCCAGAGCAUGGAUUUGUGGUUGGCAGCAAGUACAAUUAUGGAGAUGUGAUUCUUUAUAAAUGUGAUUCUGGCUAUGAAUUACAAGGUGAUACGGAGCGGACCUGCCAAGGAGACAAGCUCUGGAGUGGCACAGCACCGGUGUGCAGAAAGACCAGAUGCAAAGUCCCAGUUYCCUUGCUGAAUGGCAAGGUGGUCUAUGAGAACAAUACAGUUGGCAGUACUAUAGCGUAUUUCUGCAAGAGAGGAUACACCUUGGAAGGGGAACCUGAAGCAGAGUGCACAAAGGAUGGAAAAUGGAGCAAUCCCUUCCCUCUCUGUAAACCAAACCCUUGUCCUGUGCCUUUCAUCAUCCCAGAAAACGCCUUGCUYUCGGAAAUGGACUUCUAUGUUGGGCAGAACGUAUCCAUCAGGUGCAGGGAAGGCUACCAGCUCAAAGGAGAAUCUGUGAUCACCUGCAAUGCCGAUGAAACUUGGACUCCAGCAACAGCUAAGUGUGAAAAGAUAUCUUGUGGGCCCCCAGCUCGCACAGAGAAUGCUCUGRUCCGUGGCAGCUUCUAUCAGUAUGGAGACAUGGUCACCUACUCGUGCUACAGUGGCUUCAUGCUGGAAGGGCCCCUGCGGAGCGUUUGCCUGGAAAAUGGGACAUGGACAACACCCCCAACCUGCAAAGCUGUGUGCCGGUUCCCGUGCCAGAACGGAGGAGUAUGCGAGCGACCGAACGCGUGCUCGUGUCCAGAGGGCUGGAUGGGCCGUCUCUGCGAGGAGCCAAUAUGCAUCCUGCCAUGUCUCAAUGGAGGUCGCUGUGUGGCCCCUUACCAGUGUGACUGCCCUCCUGGAUGGACUGGAUCACGCUGCCAUACUGCUGUUUGCCAGUCUCCUUGCCUGAACGGUGGGAAGUGCAUACGGCCAAAUCGAUGCUAUUGCCCCUCAUCAUGGACUGGACAUGACUGCUCGAGGAAGCGGAAGGCCGGAUUCUAUCCCUUUUGACAUCCGAGCAGCGUCUUCACAUCCAGAAAGCCUUUCUUCAGCCGAGGCACCAGGGCUUGGAAUUUAACGCAUUGUAAAUCACAUCCAUUUCACCCCUUCCCCCCCCGAGCUCCGUGGUUUUGUACUUUAUUUUGUGAU